CACUAUGGCACAAUGUACGCGUGCCUUUGUCAAGGGAGAGGACUAUGGGAUCUGUGAAAAGGGCUCGGAAGCAGCGUAUGCGUGACGGAUGUAUACUAGUAGUAGGAGUAGUGGCAAUUUCUUAAAUUUAUCUUAGAUGCGCAAGACUCCUGCUUUGCGACAUCCUGUGCAGCUGUUUUUAGCAUAUUGAUAGAUCAGAUCAUCUGCAUUGUAUUGUAAUAGUUAGACCUCGAGUCGGAACGUUAUUGACAGCCGCCAAGAUGAGGUAAAAGCAGUUAGACCUGUCCUUUCUCAUGACAUCCUUCAUUAUUGGCGCACAUGCCAACCGCGGUAUACCAACAGAGUGGAGGGACGAUGCAGAUCACAAUUGCCCAUUCUGCCGUAUUAUCGCAGGCGAAAUGCCCUCGACGCGUCUGUAUGAGGAUGAUAAGGUCAUAGCUAUUCUAGAUAUCUUGCCCUUGAGACGUGGGCACACUCUUAUUAUACCCAAAGCCCAUCAUUCGCGCGUGUCGGAAUUGCCCUUAGAAUAUGCCAGUGCAGUGGGGCAGGCUGUGACGAAAGUGGCGAAUGGACUGACGAAAGUGUUGGGUAAUACUGCGCUUAAUGUGGUGUGCAAUCAGGAGUAUGCCCAAGCAGUGCCACACGUUCACUACCAUAUCAUUCCCGCCCCGUCACUUAACUCGAGCGCAAGAGUAGAACCAUCUGAACAAUCGAAAGAGAAUGGCAUACCUCUAAGCCGGCGGGAGAUGCACCAGCGAGAAUUUGAGUCGAGGGAGGAGCUUGAUGAGGAUGAAGGGAAGGCCCUGGCUGUGAGGAUACGAGCCAGUCUAUGACGGUACGGGACAACGUCCAUCUCAUCUAGCAUUUGAAACAUACCUUACUCUUAUUGUACUGCUCCCUUUAGACUCUUGCUGCUAUCGUGUUGGUAACACUCCUGAUAGCUUAAGUAUGUACCGGCCGUCUUUGACGAUUGAUUUAUACUUUAUGCAUUACACUGAUCACAACUGUCUCGCCGUAUCAGAUGUUGUAAUAUGAUACGUAUCCAGACGACUUCUGAUCUCGAAAGCCUUCGAAUUGCAGUGUCACAGCGCCCAUAAUACACAACGCUGGAACAACCCUUACUAUUUGGUUAGUCCUAUGAGACACAGCCGCACUA